AUGUGGCCCAAUAUUAGUGCUGCCCCCUUUCUGCUGACUGGCUUCCCAGGCCUGGAAACAGCUCAUCACUGGAUCUCCAUCCCCUUCUUUGCAGUCUAUGUCUCUGUGCUUUUUGGCAAUGGCACUCUCCUCUACCUAAUCAAGAAUGACCACACUCUCCAUGAGCCCAUGUACUAUUUCCUUGCCAUGCUGGCGGGAACAGAUCUGAUGGUAACAUUGACCACGAUGCCAACUGUAAUGGGUGUAUUAUGGGUGAAUCAUCGGGAGAUGAGCCACGGAGCCUGUUUCCUGCAGGCCUACUGUAUUCACUCUCUUUCCAUUGUAGAAUCAGGUACCUUGCUUGCCAUGGCCUAUGACCGUUUUAUUGCCAUUCGCAAUCCCUUGAAAUAUACUUCCAUUCUCACCAAUACUCGAGUGGUAAAGUUAGGGUUGGGAGCUUUUAUGAGGGGUUUUAUAUCCAUUGUGCCUGUAAUUGUGCGUCUUUUUUCAUUUCCAUAUUGUCACUCUCAUGUUCUCUCUCAUGCUUUCUGUCUUCACCAAGAAAUCAUGAAACUGGCCUGUGCUGACAUAACUUUCAAUAGACUGUACCCUGUCAUUCUGAUUUCUUUAACGAUCUUCUUAGACUCUUUGAUCAUCCUGUUCUCCUAUAUCCUAAUUCUUAAGACAGUCAUGGGCAUAGCUUCUGGUAAAGACAGAGCCAAGGCCCUCAAUACCUGUAUCUCUCACAUUGGUUGUGUCCUCAUCUUCUAUGUCACUGUUAUCGGUCUGUCAUUUAUUCAUAGGUUUGGGAAAAAUGUGCCACAAGUGGUCCACAUUGUAAUGAGCUAUGUAUACUUUCUCUUUCCUCCUUUAAUGAAUCCUAUCAUUUACAGCAUCAAGACCAAGCAAAUUCAAUAUGGCAUUCGCCGCCUUUUAACUAAACAUACAAUUGAAAGUUAA